AUGGCUCCACAGAAGCCUAAUACCAAAUCAUCUUCAAUUCUUGCCCUGGCUAAACCAGCUACAGCCGGAGUCACCACGCGCUCCUCGGCCCAUGAAAUCGCGGCAACUCCAACCUUGGAAGUGCACUUGCUCAAGCUAUUGUGUACCACAACCUACACCCCUAGCGAUGAGGCAACGAUGAUUAGGGAGACCGACUUGCUUCCCGUGCUCUGCUACUUGUUCCCGGUCGCAUUCGGUCUGUUUGGCGACUCAAAACAGUUAGGGCCAACCAUUACCUCCUACCACCGGCAGCUAAGAUGGGACUUCGCCGAGCUUACGGACGCAGACCAGAAGUCAAAGUAA